AUGUAUUCAACAAACAUGUCGAAUAGUAAUGAUAGUGCUGAAAUUGCAGAUGAAUUAUCUAAAGAAAAACAAAAUCUAUUAGAAAAAUUAUCAAAUAUAUUUGAUCCGGAAACAGCUUAUGAUUAUGUAUGUCCAAAAACAAAUGAAAAUCGUCAACAAUUAUCACUUGAAGAAUUAAGACGUCGUAUGUACAUAGAAUAA